AUGCUCAGUCCUAGAAGUUUCUGGAGCUAUAGGAAAGACAGCUCCCUCGCAAGGAAGAAGAAAAACACCCGGCAGAGUGAGAAAGUCGACUCCUACCUUAAUGAUGAGGAAGAGUCGGAAGCAAGAACACCGGACACUACCAUUGACACGUCAAAGAGCGUUGUUGGCAACACUGACUCCAUGGCGGAAGCCGGCGAGAGCUCCAAAGCUGAGCUCGUAGGGAGUGAUGGAACAGUAAGUGACGGGGAUGAGGAAGACAACAACAAGCCGGAUCUCAGAUCGAGGUUGCAAGAAUCUUUCUACAGAUCAGCAAGUUUGUCGCGGAGAGCAGAGAGCGUUUCCUUGCCGAGACCACUGGCCUUGACGUCUGGCAGCAGCAGCCAAGACAAGUUCACUCUGAUCCAAGAGUUGACGCUGUCGAGGAAAGAGAACGAGGAGGUCAGCAGCAAGGCAGCAGCGAUGGAGGAGAAAGUGAUCGAGAUGCAUCAGAAGCUUGCAGGAGCCGAGCACCGGGAAAGGAGCAUGAGAGCGUUUAUUCGCGAGCUCAGAGACAUCAACAAGGCCCUGCAGCAGCGGGUGACUUUCCUCGAAGAAACCAUGAGCAAGAUUUCUAUGAGGGACGCGCAGUGGGAGAGAAUCUGUAGUCGGCUGCAAGCAGAUCUCAGCAAAGAGCAGGAACGACGAAAGUUGUUGGAGGCAGUCAUCGAGAUGGCACUCUCUGAUGAAAAAGAAGCCUUGACAGUUGACGACAAGGAGGGCAACAAGGAAGAGAGCGGGCGUUCAAAUCUUUCAUUUUAG